AUGGCAGCGCCUGCGGGAAAGGAGCAGCACGACUACCUCUUUAAGUUUAUCAUUAUUGGAGAUGCCGGGGCGGGAAAGUCGUGUUUGUUGCAUCAGUUCAUUGAAAACAAAUUCCGCAAGGGUGCCAGCCACACUAUUGGCGUAGAGUUUGCCUCAAAAGUCAUCAGCAUCGGCGGACGGAGGAUCAAGCUGCAAAUUUGGGAUACAGCCGGGCAGGAGAGGUACAGAUCUGUUACGCGCAGCUACUAUCGGGGAGCAGCAGGAGCUCUCCUCGUGUACGAUAUAUCCAAUCGCGAAUCGUAUAAUCACUUGAUUAAUUGGCUGGCGGAUGCUCGUUCUUUGGCUCGCGCGGAUAUCUCUAUCGCCAUUGUUGGCAACAAGAUCGAUGUCAGGGAAAAGAGGGCUGUGACCUUCCUGGAGGCUUCGCGUUUUGCACAAGAAAACGACGUCCUCUUCUUGGAAACAAGCGCACUCACAGGGGAGGGUGUCUCUGAUGUCUUUGUUCGCGUCGCGCGCCUCAUUCUCAGCAAGAUCGAAGAUGGCCUCAUAGAUGCCAAUGCGAUGGCGGCGGGCUUACGGGCGACUGGCACUCAGCUUGCUGAUGGUGAGGCUUGUGCUGCUGGGCCAUCAGUUCCACCAGCCAUUAAAUCCUGGAAGUGGGCCUGCACAGCAAGUGACGGAGACCCUCUACCCCAGAACUAUGCUAGAGGGUGCCCGCGUAUAUCUUUGCGUAAGCAUAAUGCCGAUCCCCCUGCAGUAGACAGGAUCGAAUGCGGCGAUAUUCUAGUGUGUGGUGUUGGCGGCUCGCGGCCGCUCUGCCAAGGAUCCUGA